CUGAAAAGCAAACUUGCGACGCUUGUCGAACGAUUCAGCGUGUUCUUUAGACUUGCGAUAACUUUCUUUUACUUUAAUUCAUUAUUAUCAUUCUUGAGUAUUAUUUUGUUCAUAAUUACGCUGGGCUACUAUCUCAGUUCCCCUCCCGAUCAUUAAAUCUCCUAUAGUACAGACACCCUUUCGUGAACCAGAUCAUUCGACCCAUAGAACGAAAUCUCUCCCCUCCGAAAUGGCACGGCAUCUAUCCGUUAUCGUCAUCUUGGCGAUCGCGGGCUUUGUAAUUCUAUCUUUCAUGUCGUCAUUUGGCGACAGGACGGAACAAAUCCGACAAGUCCUACCAGGCGUCAAUAAGCCCGAGCGUCCCUUACCUGCCUCCGACGCGACGAUACCGGAUACGAAGUUCGAUUCAAAGCUCGAUACCAGUGUAGAUAUAAAGGGAACCGUGGAAACAGACGUGAAGGCGGAUACAAAACCAGACACAAAGCCAGAUGCGAAACAAAACACGAAGCCGGACUUCGCAUCAGUGACGAGCGACAUUCUAUCAGGAGGUGCUAUAGCUCCGAAGCUGGAGAAUGCUACCAUAAAAGCUGAACUCGGUCGCUCGACUUGGAAAUUCUUCCAUACGAUGAUGGCGCGAUUCCCCGAAAAGCCUACAGAAGACGACUCGGCUACCCUCAAAACGUUUAUCCAACUCUUCGCACGCUUAUACCCAUGUGGCGACUGUGCGCGACACUUUCAACAGUUAAUUGCCAAGUAUCCGCCACAGGUCAGUUCGCGCAACGCGGCUGCAGGAUGGGCAUGCUUCGUCCAUAACCAAGUCAACGAGAGAUUAAAGAAGCCCUUAUUCGACUGCAACAACCUUGGGGACUUUUACGACUGUGGUUGUGGUGAUGAGAAGAAGGAAGAAUCCGAAAGCAUAGGAGAGCUGAAGCUAGAGAAGGAAGGGUUGACUAAGGGUGGUUGAUCCUGUAAUAAUCAGGUGUAAUUGUCUUGUGUUUACUGCAUAGCGACCGGUGUUCUCUAUUAUAGGCAUUCAUUAUUGGAAUAUAAAAUAUCAGACCCCUUUUCUACUUUGUGGUUUUCUGUUCUUCGAUGUAUCAGCUAUUUCCAUCGUUUAAAUGAUAUUGAAAGCUCGCGCUUCUAUGGGAGAGUUAGGUUAUUUAUUGUGUACUUUCUGAUAGCUCUACCACGGAUUGUCAGAAUCCUCGAUGGAAUAUGUACAACUAGUUACCACGUGAAUAAUCGUGAUUUUGUCAAGUUUGAUGCUUCUAAUCUGCU